AUGAAGGAAGUAUUACAGGUUCUCAAAGACUCGACGAUUGCGUCGAAGAGUGAAAAGGACGAACGGUCUCAUUUCUGGGGGGUGUACAAAAGAGUCGCGGAAGAACACGACAUCAAGUUCCUCGAGCGAUACACUACCGACAUGGACAUCGUCCUGAUCUUCUCUGGUCUUUUCUCCGCUGUCAGCACAUCUUUCAUUGUCGCGAUGGAGUCAAAUCUCAGUCCCGGCCCCAGUGACACCACGAAUGCCCUUUUAAAGCAACUCGUGCAGAUCGGACUCGGCAAUCUCGCUGAGGCAGGCCCCAUUCCCCUAGACCCAGCAUCCACUUGGUCUCUGACCGCGCCGACCUUAUGGAUCCAAACGAUCGCAUAUGCGAGUUUGUCCAUGAGCUUGCUCGCUGCAUUCGGGGCCUUGCUGGGAAAGCAGUGGUUGGGGGGUUCUACACCUGGUGUUUAA